UUGAAAUAAGGUUUAAACAACAGAAUAUAUAAUCUCAUAAUAUUUCACAGCAAUGUGCUGCAUAAAGUUACAGUUGUAGGAAAAACAAUUUUCUUGAAAUCAUUUUUGGGCCUUCAAGGUACAGAGGUGAUAUCACUAUCAAUGUCUGAUGUGCAGGCAAAUAUGCUGACAUUGUGAUGUUCUCUAAUUAAUACAUAAUUUUAUUUAUUUAUUAUUAGUAUUUUGUUAUUAUUUAUUAGUAAUUUAUAUAUUAUUAUUUGACCCCCUAAUUAGUAUUAUUGAUACUAUUUACUGGGAUGGGAUAUUAGGUGGCCCAAACACUUUUCGAGAUGUGAUUUUCCAUAAGGGAAGGUGUGUGCUCAUUUCAUGGUGGACACGCCCGUGCUUUUGUUGGAGUACUGUAGAGGUGUAAUCACACAAGGAGACUCUCUGCAGGAACUGAGAAAAAGGAACUUGACGCUGCUGUCUUGCAAAACUCGUGUUAAAGCCAAGAUGCCAGAAACAGCAGAAGCUGUGUCAGCCACUCUCACCACCAACAGAAACUGCACUAUAGAAAUAACCAAUGUCAGCAGUAGCUACUGCCUCAUCAAUCCCAAGGUAUACAUGGAAAGUGGCUUCUGUCACCACCCGCCCCAGCCUACAAUUCGCCCCACCAAGAUCGAAGUGUGCUCUUUCAUCAAGAAUGACAACACUGCCACAGGCGCUGUGGGCAUACUAACCUAUGACCUGUUCCAUAUGCAGAGCCGGGUUUGCUCUGAGCGCAUGGCCAUUAUGUUCUCUGUGCCCUUUGACCACAACCUGUACAAGAACCGGCUGGCCGUGGGUGUGGUUGAGCAGUCUGCCUGUGACAAAAAUCUGUACAAGCAGAUGUAUGAUGGGAAAGACCUCAAUAAAUUCACCCGCUCUGAGACAAACGGCUGUGGGCUGGAAUAUAAAGCUACAUAUGUUGAUUUGAGGGCUACAAUGUCUUCCAUUGGCAAAGCUAUUGUAAAACUGGAGCUCUAUGAUAAAAUGGGUCAUUAGUGUAGUGUAGUCUAGUUUUUUUACUUUGUUGAUUUGUACCCAACAGAAUAAAUAAACUUCAUUUGAUUUGACUACUGUUGCAUGUUGUCACCCAGAGAAAAAUCCAGUGGAGAGGAAGACUGAUUUUGCUGUCAUCUGUAUUUUGCGUCCACUGAAAGAUAUCAAUAUCUGACAGCCAGCUCAUUGAUUCUCCAUUAGCUUAUUCCUUGAGCUCAUGUAUAUUGUACACUCCCCUUUUCUUUGAUUAUGGUAAUAAAACAUUCAGACCCAA